UACUAUUGUUGGCCUCAAAACUAUCAACACACACACUUGCUCUUAUUUUCCAAAACUACUCUCUCAGUCUUGGUAGUUUCGUUCCUCACUCGAGAGAGAAAAACACAAAAUCAACCAUGGAAAAUCUCCAAAAUUUCAUCAUACUUUCCUUGCUUUGGUUAGUGUCGACCAUAGUGGUUCGAACCAUAUUCUCCAAAAGUCGCACCAAGGGUCGACUUCCACCGAGCCCAUCUGCUCUCCCAAUCAUUGGACACCUUCACCACCUUGGUCCCUUACCACACCAGUCUCUCUACAAACUCUCAAACCGCUAUGGACCCUUGAUGCAUCUCUAUCUUGGCUCUGUCCCAACGGUAGUUGCUUCCUCCCCAGAAAUGGCCAAAGAGUUUUUCAAAACUCAUGAAGCCGCCUUCUCUAGCCGCCCUCCGCCGAGUAUCCUCAACCACCUUUCUUAUCCUUCACCCGACUUGACAUUUUCCCCGUACGGUCCUUACUGGAAGUUCUUGAAGAAGGUUUGCAUGUCUCAGCUUCUUGGUGGCAAAACUCUUAACCUUCUUCUUCCCGUUAGGGUUGAAGAAAGAAAGAGAUUCUUAACGUCCAUUCUUAAAAAGGCUGAGUCAAAUGAAUCCGUUGAUGUUGGGAAAGAGCUGAAAAAGCUUACAAACAAUAUCAUAUCGAGAAUGAUCAUGAGCAAAAGGUGUGCCCAUAAUGAUGAUGAAGCUGAUGAGAUCACUGAGGCAAUCAAUGGAUCAGCUGAAAUUGUUGGAACUUUUAAUGUUUCGGAUUUCAUUUGGUUCUGUAAGAACUUAGACUUGCAGGGACUUAAGAAAAAGAGUAAGGUGAUUCAUGACAAGUUUGACAACUUGAUUGAGAAUAUCAUCAAAGAGCAUAGAGCAGAGAGGAUUGGAGAAAAUCAUGUUCCAAGAGACUUCCUGGAUAUUUUGCUUCAAAUCUCUGAUGAAGAGGGCACCGAUAAUGUCCAAUUAACCAAAGAAAACAUUAAAUCAUUCUUCCUGGACGUAUUUGUAGCUGGGACAAACACAUCUUCCAUUACUUUGGAAUGGGCCCUAGCUGAGCUGAUAAACCACCCAAAAAUAAUGAAGAAAGCAAUGGAAGAAGUUGAUUCUGUAGUUGGCAAAACAAGACUAGUAGAAGAGUCAGAUGUGGCCAACUUUCCUUACAUUCAAGCUAUUGUGAAAGAGACACUAAGACUUCACCCACCUGGCCCAAUAUUGAGCAGAGUAGCCUCUGAAACGUGUGCUAUUGAUGGCUAUGAGAUUAAAGAGAAUACUCGAUUGUUGAUCAAUGUUUGGGCCAUCAGCAAGGACCCAAACCACUGGGAAAGCCCACUUGAGUUCAAGCCAGAGAGGUUUUAUAAUGAAGAAGGAAGUGAAAAUUUCAGGCAAGUAGAUGUUAGAGGACAACACUUUCAACUUUUGCCAUUUGGGAGUGGAAGAAGAGUGUGCCCUGGUACUACUCUUGGAUUGCAAAUUGUUCAUACAAGCCUUGCUUCAAUGCUCCAAUGCUUUGAGUGGAAAGUGAAUGGAAGUGUUAAUAUGGACGAGGGACCUGGCUUGACCCUCCCAAGGGCUCAUUCCUUGGUUUGUGUCCCCAAGGCUAGGCUUAGUCCAUUGCCCUUUUGAAUUUUGAAUAAUAUUCUUUAAGCACACUUUGGUUCACUAUUAUUGAUUAAUAGAGGGAACUUGAACCAGUAGUCAAACUCUUUCUUAUCAAAUGUAACAAUUAAGUGAGUUAUUAAGAGCUUAACAUCAUUAAUAGUCUUGUCCAGUCGGCCAAAUAUGGUUAAUUUAAUUGUACUCUGCUUUUGUUGUCACUAUUAAUAUGAUUGUGCAAGUUUUAUGUUUA